AUGUCUCCCAGGCUUGAGCAACCGGACUGCUACUCCAAUACUGACUAUGAGAUUGGCAAGCGGCUCUUCAACGUUUAUAUGGCAUUAAUGAUGGUUCAAUCCUCGCCUGAGGGCAGAACAGAUGAAUCAUUGAUUGAAGCAGACCGCUUCAUUGAUUCGAAGGCCUUUAAUUUCGAGGCAGCACUGGCAGCCAUAAAGGGCUUGAAUCUAAAUUUACCCCGCACGGAUAUAAUAAAUGAUGAGAGCGUUGAAGACUACAUUUACAAGAUUCUCGGAUUCGUCAGAUUGGCCAACGACAGGGAAGACUUUAUUCCUUUGUUGACAAAACUCCAACUACAAAUUCCAACUUGCUCAGCCGAUACAGGGACAUCUACAACUGCCUAUCAUCGCUCAGUGUUGGAGGAAAAGGCAGGGCGUUACAUCAGUCUCGCGCCUACCCAAUGUUCUAACCCAAACAAUGACCCUGAACUCUGGAAAUAUACGUCUCUUUUAUGGGAGAAAGCAUCGAAUCACGGUGUGACGCCCGAUAUCAGAGAAACUUGCCUCAGCAAUUUUCCACCCAAGUUUCGAAUCACCAUUUCUUGCAUGGGAGCACAAGCUUCGGGUGAGGGCAAGACCAAGAAGCUGGCGAAACACAUUGCAGCAAAAGGCGUUUGCCAAAUCCUUGGGCUCCAGCCAUGUUGA